GCUCUCGUGUCCAGCCGGGCACGAUCCGUGAUCGAUCAGAUCGCGAAAUAUCUUGGAGUUUUAAUCGAAAGAAAAUAAUAAUAGUAAUUUUGUGGUGAAAAAAGUGAGGAAUAUAAGGUUCUCUGUUAUCGAAGAUGAGGAUGAAGAUCGCAUGGCUUCCGGCGCUGAUAUUCUGCGCGACCUUGGCCUUGGCGGCCGCCAAACUGGAUUUCGGACCGUUUAUCCAGAUCGCGCAGUGCCGAUCGAUGUGCCUGCGACAUCACAUGAUCGACGGCAACUGCUGGGAAAUAAAUAAAGAUCCAAUAAGUGACUGUCAAAAGUGUUGGGACACUUGUGAACAUCUCGGUGUUUUGGAGAAAGAAGAAUAUCGAGAAGAUAUAUGCACGACGCACAGUCAAGAUUGUCAAGGUUGUGAAACCGCGUGCACAUUUUUUCAAACACGCGGGAUGGAGGAAGAGAAAUACGAACCGAUCAAAUUACCGGCUCCUGAAGAAAACGAAACUAUCCACAUGAACGACUAUGACGUUGCUGUGUUAAUGAACAAGAAUUUGGAAGGAAUGUGGGAAGAAGAAAAUUAUUACUACGCAAAACAGCAGCCUACAAUGAUACCGGGCGGCUGGGUCAUUGUCGUCGCGGAGGACGGCGUGGUUAGACACUACAGUUGGGAAAAAUGGAGGCCAAAACUGGAAACGCUCAAAGCCUACGGUCCUCUCUAUCAGGCCUAUAUUACGUGGCACGACUGGCGAACUCAAUUAAAUAAUCAACGCGAAAGAAUUUCCUCAAAUUAUUUUAAAACUAUCUUUGAGCGCUGGGCCAAGAAGGAGAAGCAUUACAAAUCGUUCUUCGUCGUUACCUGGCAACAAGAGACGGGAGACGGUGUUAUGGGCAACCAGGUAACAGAUAGCGAAUCGGCACAGAUUUCUUUGCCAUGCGGUAAAUAUUUGGUUAGAAUAGCCACCGAUGACGGUCCCGGUAGCUACCCGAUCAUCAUCGACACUGGAGUCUGCGGAACCCUGAAAGUACCAGUCUGGAACCUAAAAUACUUUUUAGACGACCCAGCAGUCGUGGGGUUCAUGGGAAUCGUCUCGGCAAGCCUUUUGGGAAUCCUCUACUUUAGACUUCGAUAUUUAGCUAAAAAGUAUCGAAUAAAGAUUGCAAAAUGGAACGAGAUAGAAAAAGAGAGCAAGAUAGAGGAGGGGCACUUAACGGAGACGGAGAAGAGGCUGAUGAAGGAGAGAAACCUGACAAAGAUGCAGAAGAAACUGAUGAAUCAGGGUGUGCUGAGAUUGUGUUCUAAUUACAGUCAUCCCCCAGUCCAGCUAUUGCGAGUCAAGGAAACGGACAUUAAUGUUAACGCAAGUGUAAAAGUGCAAGACGCGAGUGCGAGCACGCAAGGUGCGAACGCAAAUGUGAUUCAGGAAACUCGAGAACAACUCAGGGACUUUAUUUGCUCUCAUAAGAGCGUGGUCUUCCGCUCUUCCGCUUUCAACAGUGUGCAGGAUGAAAGUCAAGUCAAGAUGAUGAUACUACUGCUCUUCGCCACCUUCCUGGUCAACUUUCCUCAUCAACUCGCACAAUCAGACGCGAACAAUGGAUUAAUCAGGAUUGCGGCGUUAGGGGCCUCCGUGCUGCCCAUUGGACUCGCCGCCGGCCCCAGGUACGUUCCAAAAUGGAAAAAGCAAGCGUGCGAAAUACCAGCAUCCCAACAUCCGAAUUCGCACUAUAUUUGCGACGAAGCUGGUGAAGUGAAAUGCUUGCCAGGAUGGACCGGAGAUCUUUGUGAUGUACCGAUUUGCCGCAAGGGUUGUGAUCCCCUCCAAGGCUACUGUCGGCGACCAGGAGAAUGUCGUUGUAAGCUAGGUUUCUACGGCGAACUGUGCGAUAAAUGCGUGGCUUUACCGGGAUGUCAGCAUGGAAGGUGUAACGUAAGCUUCGAGUGCUCCUGCGAUCCCGGUUGGAAAGGCAUGUUCUGCUCCGAGCCCGUUUGUGCGCCCGACUGCCUCUCCAGUCAGGGAUACUGCGAGAGACCCGGCGAAUGCAGAUGCCGUUUAGGUUGGCAAGGUCCCAAGUGCAAACAGUGCGCGGUUUUACCAGGUUGCGCCCAUGGGACCUGUCAAGGGCCCCUCGAGUGUCGAUGUGAUCCGGGUUGGACCGGACUGCUUUGUCAAACACCGAUCUGCGCGCAAGGAUGCAGCCGGGAACGCGGAAGCUGCAGACGACCAGGCACAUGCAGAUGUCGCGUCGGCUGGACAGGACCCAAUUGCACGGAAUGUGUACCGUAUCCAGGAUGCGUACAUGGAUCGUGUAAACGACCAUGGGAGUGUCGAUGCGAGCCAGGCUGGGCCGGCGAUCUAUGCAACGAAAAGCUCACCUAUUGUGAUGAACAUCCCGACGUUUGUCGAAAUAACGCUACUUGCAUCAGCAUGACACAUGAGGAUGGCGAUUAUAGAUGCGUUUGUCCCUUGGGCUACAUGGGCCGACAAUGUCAGAUAAAAACUAUGGUACCAACGAUGGAAUUGAUACCGCCAAUGCCCGAUGCCACCAUGGAAUUAUCACAAGACGUUCAAAGCCUCGCGGACAAGCCAAGUAUCGAAGAAACCUCGAAUGAGAAUAAGCAUGAAGAAGAACCUCCAAAGACGGAAGAACAGACCGUGGAACCUCUUGGACGUAUCAUAAUUACGGAUCCACCAACCACGACUAUCAUCGUAGAGCCAAGCGCGACUGCAGGGAAAUGGCCGAUGGAAGAGGCAACGACUGAAAGGGACGACGAGAACGAGACGUAAAACUGGAUAACCGGAAUGUUUAUUUAUUUAUUUCGUUAUUUAUUUGUUUAUUUAUUUAAAGCUGUGUUCGAUCAAGUUAUCCGA